AUGUUUGAAGUCAACGUUAAGUCAUCAUUUAUGCUCUGUCAAGAAACUGUUCCAGAAAUGGAAAAGCGAGGGUAAUCUGCUUUGAAACAAGCAAAUUAAGGUUGAAGUCUCCUUUGUUUAAUUUAUAUGGACUAGAUUUACUUUGUUAGGGUUUUGGCUAAAUUUGAUCUCCCAAGUUUUUUUACUACAAUUUGUAGUACAAAUUAUUUUAUAAUGCUGAUAUAGCAUUGUUUGGUAAAAAAAAUGUUUUGUUAAAUAUAAGAUUCAUUGAAUGUUUUCUAUUGAUAGUAUAGGCUUCCAACUAGCAUAAAAUUCAAACUCUACCAAAGAUCAAAAGUACCGAUAUCUUUAAAGAAAAAUUAUGCAUAUCUAUUACAAUUUUUUAACAUAUUUGUAACAAUUGAGUGUUUUAAAUUAAAAAUAAAAAUCAUAAUGUUGAAAUUUUUACAAAUUUCAGAUCAGGUGCAAUAAUCAUAGUUUCGUCCAUUGCUGGGCUUGUUCCCUUUGAAGUGAGUAUUUAACUUAUCUUGUGCACUUAAUUACAUCUUUAAAAAGUACAUCUCCACUUUUCAAAUGAUUUUUUUCAAAGUAUUGAAUAGACCUACCACAUAAGUAGCUAUAGGUUUUUGAAACAAGAAAUGACAACAGUCUACAUUAAGUAAGGGGAUGUUAUUUUAAUAAUGAAUUAAAUGUGCAAAACUGUUAAUGCUUAUACUUUUAACAUUUAAGAAUUUAAAGAAAAUCAUACCAUUUUAUGUACCGUAUCAGUACCGGUACUCAAAUUGAAUUUGAAAACAUAUUUAAGCCUUUUUAUCUAUUUCUGUUAUUGAAAAUAGUUUGUCGUCCUCAGUUCAUUGGUGCAUACAGUAUCACAAAAUCAGCCCUGCUAGGAAUGGUCAAAGCACUGGCUCCUGAGCUAGCAAAACUCAAUAUUAGAAUAAACGGCCUGGCACCAGGAAUUAUCAAAACUAAGUUCAGCAAAGCAGUAAGUAAUUUUUUAAAUAGAUCCAAUUAGGAAUAGAUCCAAAUAGGAAUUGUCAUGAAGUUGGUAACAAUUUAUAUUCAAAAAAAGUAAAACGGACAUUUUUUUCUCUUCAAUGUUACCUGCAUUUAUAUUUAUAUAGUCUUCAUAAAAGUUAUGUCUAGCUAAAUAAUUACUGCCACAUUCGUGUAAAAAGUCUUUGAACUGUUUAUCAUGGAGUGAAAUAAAUAAUGUUUUACUGUCGUUUGCAAUUAAUUUCAGGUACAUUGACAAAUGACAAUUUAAAAACAAUUAUUAUUACCAGUAAUAUUUUUUUAAACAAUGAAAUUAUGGCUAUCAGUAGUAUAAUUCAACAUUACAUGCUGUUAAUCAGUCGAGUAGCUUGAGUUUGUGACGGCUGGGCAGUCCUUAAUUUUGCCGCCCUUAAUUAAUAAAAACCACAUAUUAUUUCCAGAUAGACAUAAUAAAAUAAUCUUUAUAAAGUAUUUGAAGUAAAACAAAAAUCUAGCCUCAAAUAAGUGCCGCCAGAAGUCGACCAACCCCUCUUCUAACAGACCUGUUCUCAAUACAGUAAUUUUAUUCAUGUUUCAGCUUAUGGGUGAUCCAAGUGCUGCUGAAUAUGCUUUAGCUAAAAUACCAUUAGGGAGGUAAGAACAAUACAUUUGGUUUUAAAAGAUUAUAAUUAACCCUAACAAGGCUAACUCAGAAAUGAUUUAUGAAUGAAAUAUAAUAAUGGGAAAUUUAAUAAUCUUUAACUUUGUCAAUUUAAAAAUGCAUUUUUUUAAAUGUAAAAAAAAAACAAACCCACCUGGCAACCCUACAUGCCUGUUGGUUACAAUUUAAUACUUACAUUAAUUUUGUAUAAAGAGAAACUUGGAAGAAAAGGAAAAAAUUGUGCUCAAUAUGUGUGCAUCCAGCAGAAACUUCAUAAUUGUUCUUAUUUUACUAAUUUGACUAGCCAGAGCCAGAAAAGGUACCUGUCCAAUCAUUUAAAUUUAACAAAUCACUUGCUGUUGGCCUCUUCAUGCCUAGCCCUAGGAAGAUGCUGUGUUUUAGCGUUUGAUAUUCCUCACUAUUCUGUGAACUGACUGUCAACUCCUAUGUUCUACUGGAUUGGUUAAUUGGUCAUGUUCUUUCACACGUUGUAAUAUGUCAUACUAAUAUUACUAUCACUGAAUAAACUCAAGUCCUUUUCAUGAUAAUUAUAUCUUUAAUAUCUAAUAAUAAACACAUGCAUAUAGCGCAGCUCGCUGUCAGACAUAAAUAAAACACAUCCUACUUCUACAAAGUUCCUUUCAAGAGUGCCGCUUGACUAAAAAUAAUGUCACAAUAGUCUAGACAAUACUCACAACUGGCAUAAAAAUACAUCACUAAGUCAAGCGUGGGAAGAGCGUUCACUAACUCAUAAAACUCUCAAAAACACGCGUGUAUUGAAACAUAACUUUCAGUCGCAACAAUUAUCAAUGAACUCCCAUGCUCGAUACUGACAACCAUGGACUGGCCAGAUAUAGAUGCUGUGUUUUAGCUUUUUAUAAUCCCCACUUUUCUGUGAACUGAUAACCAUGGACUGAUGCUGGGGUUGUAGCUUUUUAUCCCCACUUUUCUGUUAAUUGAUAACAACCAUGGACUAGCCAAAUAUAGAUACUGUUGAGUCAUGUUCCUUUCAAGGCAUAAGCCCUUGAAAAGACUAGGGACAUUUGUACCUAAAAAAUUACUUAGGAUUGAAAAGCACAUUUCAGUUUUCAAAUUCAAGAAUCAUCAACCAGUCCCAGCUGUGUCGUUUUAUUCAUGCUGGUUAAUCACAAUUAAAAUUUUGUGAAUCACUUUGUUUGGGCACAUUGAAAUUUGUGUUGUCUCCAUUAGUCCCUGUUUGAAGGUGGUUUCCUUGGCCAAGUUAUUGAGUAAGGUGUUAUUACUGUUAUAGUAUAGUUAUAUCUAUUAUUAAUUAUUAUUAUGGUAAAUUGUUAUGUAAAAGUACUAUAAGUUAAAGAUGUGGUCUCCCUUAGCCAAAUGUUUUUAAAGAGGCUUUUUCCCACCCAUAGGCAACUCACGAUGGUGUUGUCUCCCAUUUCUUUAAUGCGAUAUUUACAGGAGGUGGAGGUUUGAGUUACCUCACAUACCCAAUGGCUUGGUGGAGGUUUGAGUUACCUCACAUACCCAAUGGCUUGGUGGAGGUUUGAGUUACCUCACAUACCCAAUGGCUUGGUGGAGGUUUGGGUUACCUCACAUACGCAAUGGCUUGGUGGAGGUUUGAGUUACCUCACAUACCCAAUGGCUUGGUGGAGGUUUGAGUUACCUCACAUACCUAAUGGCUUGGUGGAGGUUUGAGUUACCUCACAUACCCAAUGGCUUGGUGGAGGUUUGAGUUACCUCACAUACCCAAUGGCUUGGUGGAGGUUUGAGUUACCUCACAUACCCAAUGGCUUGGUGGAGGUUUGAGUUACCUCACAUACCCAAUGACUUGGUGGAGGUUUGAGUUACCUCACAUACCCAAUGGCUUGGUGGAGGUUUGAGUUACCUCACAUACCCAAUGGCUUGGUGGAGGUUUGAGUUACCUCACAUACCCAAUGGCUUUUGUUUCGUUAAUUGGAGCCACAGGUAUCUUCUUUCUCAUUAAAAUAAAACAUGAAAAAAUCAUCUUUCAGAUUUGGCGAGCCUGAGGAUUGUGCUGGUGCUGCAUCCUUCCUCGUUUCAGAUGACUCAAAGUAUAUAACUGGAGAGAAUAUUGUUAUUGCAGGAGGCACCACGAGUCGACUGUAGUUAUAAUUAUCAUUUGUGUUUACCGGGUACUGUUAAUAGCAUAUUAUUUACAUUGUAAGCAAAGUGGUGUAAGUAAGCCUUUUUCAGAACUGAAUAGAAAGGGAAUAUGUAAUCAUAAUCUAAUAAGUAAUGUUUAAGCAGAAAGUGUGAUAUUUAAUUGGAAUUAAGUUGUUUGUACUAUCACAUUUUGAUCAUGUUUAACAUUCAAUUACCGGUACUGUAUCCGUAAACCAAUGCUGCAAUUAUGAGCUUAGAUAAGAUAUUUUAAGUUUUGAUUUGAAGUUAGCUGGAGUCAGCUGUGAUGCAUGAUGCCAUUGCAAAGAUUUUUUAUUCUGAGGCAUUCAAUGUGCCUCACCUAUCUCAAAGAUUAAGUACUGGUAUGAUUGAUUUAAUAAUAAUUUAUAAUUUGAAAAGUUUAUUAUACAACCUAUAUUCACAUGUAUAAAAUACAGCCAUCUUGUAUUUAGUGGAUGACUAUGCCCUUAUGAUGUUAGUGUAACUUUUCUAAGAAAUGUCUACCUCUGUGUUUUAGUUGCAAUGAAAUGAUUUUUUUUAAAUUUAAAAACUGUUGAUCAUGUUAGUGUUAACCAAUGAAAUGUGCUUUUGUUAUUGUGAGUUCUAGAGGGGAAUUAUAUUCCGGUACUUUACAAAAUGAUGCAAACUUUAUUUAUACAAUGAAAUUAAAUUGAAAUACAGUUUAUAAUUAUUCAUGAAAAUACAUUUAAUUCUUUUAAAAAUUAUUUUAAGUUGUUAUACUCGAGGGGUAUUAUAUCACUGUACUAAAUGAUGCAAACUUUAUUUAUACAAAUAAAUUGAACGGCAGUUUAUAAUUCAUAAAAAUACAUUUAAUAAAUUUUGUUAUAAUUUUUAAUUUGCUUUUUAAUUUCUUUGUUUUUAAAUAUAUUAAUUAAAUAAUCAUAUUGGCUGUUAUUAAGUGAUAAUGAGUUACAUUUAUCAUCACUGGUAGUACUUCGUAUUCGAAUGGAUUACAUGAUUACAUGGUAAAGCACUGCCAGACGUCAAGUAUGUCAAAUGCAUUUUAAACAAUCAGACCUGUUACUUAUACGAUUUUGGCUUGCCUUAUAUAUGAUUUUGAGAUGUCUUUUACGAGCGUAUGCCAAAAACUGUCAGAACUACAGUUUUACGAGACCAUGUUAUAUACCGGUAAUUAGUCUAUUAUUCCUGAUGUUUUUGCAAUUUAAAAAAUAAAAUAAAAUGUUUUCUGUUGUUAGCUUUAGCUCCUUUCUAUAGCCGGCGGAGAAUGGACAGAGAAAUACGAUUGUAUUACUUACAAUUACAAGUGAUGAUCAAUUCAUUGAUCGUGGGCCCUCAAAAUAAAGAAGAAGAAGAAGAGGGAAAGGAGGUUGGUACUGACUUGGAAGCAUACCGGUACUAUUGUGCAUGGGACUAAUGGGAAGGGUAGGGGGAGGUGUAUAAAUAUUGUUAAAGGCUAUAAAAUAACACCACCACAUUUCAUAAAGAUCGUGAUAUUGUUGCUUUGUGUUUUACCAAUGAACUCGCUAGAUACUGGGUGCGCGAACAUUAAUAUUGUAGCAUAUUCACCCUAGCGUCAAAUUUAGUAAACGUUCGCUUUUGUAUUACAGUACGUAACUUUGCGACAUAAUUAUUUCAUUUUUCAGCUGAAUGCUCCGCUCAGCAGCUUUAGAUUUUGACAUAUUGUAUAAGAUCCAGUAAGCAGCAUUUGAAAUCCUUUUUUUUAAAGUUAUUAAGCAGCUUUUAAUACGCCAGACCUCCUCUUCUCCCAAUACAACUUGCAGUAGUUAUCUACUUAUAUAUAUUUUGCUUGUGGUGCAUCAUGCUUCCUAUUCGCAACCAACUUCACAUGUUUUAUUUUUUAUAUAAUAGUACUGACUGAAAGAAAAAAGACUGUCAUGCAUGAUGUCCAAACUCAGGUAUAUAGUUAAAUAGGUUGAUUUUUUUUCUUAGGGGAGGCGAUUAUUUUAUCAAUAAAAAGCCAUGGGUUAGGCCUCUUGUUUAAAAGUCACCAUAUAUUAUAGAAAAUGAGAAAUCAACUCUAUUUUUUUGUUUGACAUUUUCUCAAAAUACCCCGACCCAGUAUAAGUAAAAUGCACCCAGUUAAGCCCUAGUUAAACUAUACCAUAUAUUAUGUUAGUGGACAGUAAAAUCAGGCUUCUAGGCUUAAUGGGUGGGCAAUUCACAGCUCGCCACGUAAAAUAUUGUUGCUCACCGGAUGUACGGUACGGUAUCACAAAUUAAAUUAUUCCUUCAUUCAAUUAGUGAUUAUUUUCAUUUUUGGCAUAAUGGCACAUAAUCUUAUACUUGUACAUCAUUUUUUGUGACAGUACGCGCCAUUUUGGGGUAUAUGCCCCUUUUUUAGAUUGAUAAAAAAAUAGAUUGAAAUAGGUAAUACCAGGUAAAUUAUAAAACAAUUUCCCUAUUUAGUAACUACUAAAAAUUAUUAUAAACACAGCUCGGUAAGGGGUACCUAAUUUUUUACAACCAUUACGAUUAAGUGAAGAAUGGUGCAAAAUUAUAUUUAAAUUUAAGCGUACACAAAAGUGCUUCCCCAGAUUUUGAAUUGGUAAAAAAAAUUCUGGGAAGCUGCUCAUCUUCCUCCCCAACUCCAUCCCCACUUUUGCUCUGGUGACUUCAGCUAGCAUCCUCAACUUCCACUCCCCAACACACCUUUGAAUAUUUUGCAAUAGUGCACUGUACAUAAACAUAUAAAUGUCAGUCAUCUACUUUGAAAAGUGACCUACAUAAAAUAUAGAAUAGUUAUUGUAUACAUUAUACUGUCUGUUUAUUUGUUUACUAUUACAAUAUGGUAUUGUAUGAUUUUGAGAUGGUAAAGUAGUAUUCUGAGACUAUAUUAUAUAUUGCACUAAUUUGGGAUUUCCAGUGUAAACUGGUCUGAACAAUGUCACAAAGAAUACAAGUUAAUUUUUACAGAAUUUAGAAAAGAUACCGGUAACUCGAAUUUAAUAGAAAUCAGGUAAAAGACUUUCUGUUCAGUUCACUAUCUCACCUAUAAACAUGUUUGUAUGUGGUAAAUGUCAAGGCCAAGGUGCUUCUAUUUUAUGACUGCCGGGCUGGUGUUGCUAAUAAAAGCUGGCUUUAACACUUUUGUUUCACCAUUCAUAUUUUUUCCAUGUACAUUAUUGAGUAUUCAUGCUGGCGCCAUUAUUAAACUUUCCAUGU